GUGUUGAUCUUUUUCGCUUUGUUUACUUUUAGCCAACACCCCUUUAAUACCCGUUGCACUCUGGAAUCAUCACCACGGAAAGGGACCUGGCGCUUCAACAUCAACAGCAACAGCAACAGCAACAGUAACGGCGGCAAGCAAAAAAAUCUAAACUUGGAUCAAGAACACAUACCAAAGUGACACAACAGACUAGCACAGACCAACAGCGGGAGCUCAUCCGGAUCACGAUGAGUCAGGGCGCUUCUCAUUCCCAGGAGUUCAGGCAGAAGGGCUCGGCUCUAAGUUCAUCGCCAAAGAAGAAGAGCAAGGCCGCUUUGACGAAUAAACCCUUGCCGCUGCCUGAAACGGUCCCAUCAGCGUCCCCAUCUGUCGGUGCGGGCGCUAACAAUAGCACUGUGAAAAACAACAACAACGGAGUGAACGGCAACAGCGGUGUUGAAGACGAUGACAGCGACGACGAUGACGAAGAGUUUGUCCAUGAAUUUACGAGGAACGAUGUACGCGAACUAAUACACUGCAUCACGCAGGAGUUGAAGGUUAGAGGCUCAAAGACGCCGUUGCUACUGCUGGCGUUUAGGCCGAAGGCUUCGGAAGCCAACCUGACAGUAUUUUUGGCACAGGUGAUACCCAAUGGUUCUACGCCAGCCAAGCUGAGAACCAUUGAAAAGGUUGUGUCCAAUGCAGAUGUCUAUACGCUGAUAACGGCGUUGAAAUACCUCUGGGCAAGAUUGCCCACAAACGCGAUCAUUGGAUGGGACUCGUAUGAGAACUUUAAGAGGCUGGAAGCGAACGACAACUACCCCAAGAGGGCAUUUCUGGAGUAUAUGCCCCAAUGUCUGUCUUCACCUUCACAUGCUUCGAUUGUGUAUGACUUUUUGGAUCUGAUUGUAUGUUUGGCCUCAAACUUCAAGGAGAAUCAACUCAGCGGUAGAAAGAUUGCCAAAAUGACAGGUAUCUGGGCGUUCAACGGACCACCUCCUUCCUCAAGCCUUUCAAAGAAGAAGUCGAAUUCAUUUGGUGAUGGUCUGCGUGAUUGGAUCCCGGCAGCCGAUGCAAUGUUCCAUCUGCUGUUAUCGUUCUUGAGAUCUAUGUUACCUGAAGAUUCACGAACAAAAUUGCAACUACCGAGAACUUUACAGGCUUUACUUGCAAGUAAUUCAUAUCCCCCACCUCCGGAUAUGACCCUAUCGUCCACAACAAUUGUGAGUGUGCCACUUGUCACUAUAAAGACAAACGUUAUGUCAACUUCCCCCGUUGAAUUGAUAAACAAAAUCCCGAAAGUGUUGACGUUUAACAACCCAGAUAUGUUCCAGGCGAAGGAGGAUUUUGCUCUGUUGAAAUCCCUGUGUAAAAGUGACGAUAACAUCUUGAACAAGCUAUCAUCCGAGUCUAGGAGAAUAAUGGAGGCAUUAUGUGAAAGAAAAUCAGGUGCACACCUGAAAGCAGGAUGGUCAGAGGUUAGACCGAAACGUCCUACAAAGAAGGAAACAGAAGUGGAGAUCUCUCGUGUUUCAAUCGAUGACUACUUUAUAUGGGCUUGGAUGGCGAGCUUAUCGUUUGAACAAACUGCAACAAAGAAGAAAAUCUUUGGUAAAUCCCUUAUAACAGAAGUGGUAUUUGAUGGGUUUAAGAAAUGGAUCAUAGUGGAGGAAGUGGACAUCUCAGCGAGACUUUCGAUCCCACCUCUACCGGAAAAGUCGAAAGUUAAAAAGACUAUACAACCUAACUAUAGAUCCAUGCUUGACGACUUACCACCUGAUGAUCCGUCUACUGCAUCUCAAAAAAAGGCAAAAUCAUCAAAGAAACAGUCAAAACCUUUACCAAAGAUUGUGAUUAAGAGAGAAAAAUCAAAAGAAAAACCAAAGACAGUAUCCGAUUUGGUGUUGAAUCCUUUGAAAAAGAUGAAUCUACUUCACCAUCAACACCAGCUCCAACAGCAACAGCAGAGUCGCCCUCAACAGUCACACCAAAAGCUCACCAUGCCAAAACCUGUUGCAGCAAGACACAUAUCUGAGUAUAAACCUUUGGAAGAUGUUGGUGGAUUGCCUGAGAUAGAGACAAACCAAUAUAGAUUGAGCAUUCCAUUGGAGGGAUUUGGUCUAACUGAGUAUUCUGAAGGUCACAACGCACAAUACAACGCGUAUGAUCAUGAUGGCUACGAUGAAGAUCAGUAUAACAAUGGAUAUUCUGAUGGAGAUAGACAACAGAAUGAACCACAGGGCUGGUAUGACCAGCAGGGUCGCACACAGAACCAAUACACAUCGCCCCCUCAGAGACAGCAGAAACAAUCACCAGAAGUAGAACAAGGGCAACAACAAGAGUACCGUUAUUGGAGCUCACAAGAUGAGUACAAGAGGGAGCCAGUCCCACAAGAGACUAUCCAAGAUGCAUAUAACCAUGCCAUGUCUAUGUUGGAACCAAGUGACUCUCAAGAGGAGUACUAUAAGCAAACUGGAUCUAUUGAGAACUUGUCCUCAAUGGUGGAUGAGCUUGGUAUUCAAGUGAGUAACGUGGAGACAAAGCUUAAUAAUCGUGUUGCUCCAAAUUAUGAUACUGUUGUGCCAUUACCUAUAGAAAAUAAUGAGGGUCCACCUACAAAGUCAGUCACACCAUCUGAAGCAGCUUCAAGUUUCUAUGGAAGAAUACCAUCUGUUUCCACUGAUAGAUCACAGAAGACUCCUGAGAUUGACUAUGAUGACAAUGGACGAUUUGAUCAGGCUACUCCUGUGGCAAGCUACGAUAAUCAAGAAGAAUUCAAUCAGGCUACUCCUGUCGUUAAACGUAAUCAAAGAGCACAGAUAUCCGACUACCCAACCCAACAGAGAGUUAGGUCUAUGGUUGACGAUGUUCUUUCAGAUGAAGACGUACAUGGUCCACGGGUGCCUUUGAAAGGCCAUUCUGAAAGUUAUCAAAAUGUGGCACAGUUGAAACAUGAUAAUACUGUUGAUAUUGACGAGAAAAGAAACUCUAUUUAUCCGCAAAGUAUUCUUGAUGGUUACGGCUAUACUUCGACAGAUGGAAGUCCCACCAAAUUGUCCAGAGAUGCAUCUUUCAGUGGUGUCAACAACAGUCAAUCAAACCUUCCACAGUCUUUGUCGGCCAAAGACCUAGACUAUAUUCCAGAUUCAAACUUGCCAGAUAUUCCUAUCCCUGUUCCUUCACCACCACGAAGCCCAGUUGGUCAGAACAAGUUCUCGCCGGCAUCGAAUGGAGCACAGAGAAAACCAAUUACCAAAAAUUUACCUGGUAGCUUAUCGUUAGAACCUGUUCCACGUUUAUCACAGAGUGAGAAGAGAAACUCGUUUGUUGACACUGCCGGCAAUAUCUCAACUAGAGAUGAAUUGAGGGCCAACUUGACUGCUUCCUCGACUGACAAUCAGAGGGAUCUUCCGGGCACUCCUAUUCCAUCACGAACAUAUGAGACUCCUGAUUCAAAUGCAAAACGGAUUCCAGAGACAUCACUUGAGAAAGGCAAACAUGUGCCAGCACAAAAGCCUCUGGAGGAUUCUCAGCGUGGUCCUUCGUCCACUCCUCGAUCUCGUCCACAACGGAAAGCACCUUCAACUUCACCUGAUCGUCACCAAAGAACCACAGAUGGUGAUGUUAGUACAGCAGGUUCAAGAGGCCGAGGACAACCUUAUGGUAUGGUUACUGGAGCUGAAAGUAGAGGCACUGAACAUUUACAUGUUCCAAUGCAGAGUGUUGGGUCUAGUGGUUCGGAGAAUACUCCAAGGACCUCCUCUCCUUUACGUCCAAAUGGUAGACAUUCUCCAAGCCAUGUACCUCACCAAAGUCCAAGUCCAAACAGGCCUCCUAUACAGGGGCAAGGUCAAGGUCAAGGUCGCCGUGGAGCUCCUUCGAAGAAUCAAUAUCCUCCACAAGGUUAUCCUUCUCAAGGUUAUCCUCCUCAAGGCUACGUUCCACAAGGUUAUGGGGGCUAUCACCCUCAAGUGCAGGGAAAGCACUCUAGCAACAACAGUGCAUCCUCUUUGCCGGUUCAAAAUGACCCUGGGAUGUGGCAAUCACCUCCCAAAGUUGGAGAAGCUCCCCGUCAUAACAGCUUAGGCAGCAGUUCAUCUGCCCCACCGAAUGUUGGAAAGUUGAAAUAUCCUCAACCUUCUGGGCAGGGCUACUAUCCACCUCCACAAGGUUAUUAUCCACCACCACAAGGCUAUCCUCCACAGGGCUAUCCUCCACAGGGUUAUCCUCCACAGGGUUACCCUCCUCAAGGCUAUCCUCCACAGGGCUAUCCUCCACAGGGUUAUCCGCAAUACUACCCAUCACCACAGGGCUACUACCCUCCACCUGCCGGCUAUGGCUACCCACCUGUCCAAGGCCCACCACAGCAGUCAGCUUCCAAGCCUACUGGAUCUGACCUCGUGUUGCAGUCGAUGCCACCCACUUCUGUUGGAAAUAAGCUGCACCACACUGGUAAGAACGGGAAGAAGAACAUACGUGCCGCGCUUAUUCAAGGUGACUUUGGUAUUUGAAUUGAACGUUUUAUGAACUUUUAUCUGUGUUAUAUAUAUAAAUAUAUGAACUAAUCGAUAUCACACUGUA